AUGAAUUCUGAAGAUCAUUCCAUAACAGAGAACAGUUCCCUGGAUCUGGAGCAAGGACGGCAAAACAAUACCACCAGCCCUCGUUUUGCAACUCAACAUGAAGGUUACCUUCAGGUAUCUGUUCCAUGUGCUGUAGUAACUGUGGUCACCAUCACUGCUUUGAUCAUGACUCUUAUUGCUUUUCAAGUGGGUCAAUACAAUUGCCCAGUGCCACCAAAUAGCCAUGCCUCUUCAUGCUCAGAUGAUUGGAUUGGAUAUCAGAGAAAAUGUUACUUUAUUUCCUCUGAGAAAAGGAACUGGGCCUCAGCACAAAAUGAAUGCUCUAAACGUGGAGCUACUCUUGCUUACAUUGAUUCUGAAAAGGACAUGAUGUUUUUAAAACGAUAUGUGGGCAGGACUAAACAUUGGAUUGGACUGAAAAAUGAAGGUAAUCAGACAUGGAGAUGGUCAAAUGGUAGAGAAUUUGACAACUGGUUCAGUCUAUCAGGAUCUGCGAACUGUGUAUUUCUGAAUAACACAGAUAUCAGCAGUACAGAAUGUGAAAAUAAAUUGCACUGGAUAUGCAAUAAACCCUACAGAUAAUGAGGAA